CGCGUCGUGUCCGCCCGGAGUAGCCUGGUGUUCAGGAGUCCAGUGUUCUAGUGUGAGGGAGUUGACGCGUCAAAUCACGCCGGGACCUGUUAGCAUCUAGCAGCUAACGGCUAACAGUUAGCAGCUAACGGCUAACAGCUAACAGUUAGCAGCUAACGGCUAAAGGCUUACAGUUAGCACCUAGCGGCUAGCAGCUAACGGCUAACAGUUAGCAUCUAGCAGCUAACAGCUAACAGCUAGCAGCUAACGUUAGCAGGGCUAGCCACACACACACACACAGUGAUCUCGUUAGUUUGUUUUAAUUGAUAGUGUGACUCCUUCCAGCCACCCAGCUGCCGGUACAGGUGUGUGGAGACUAGUCUGAGGAGGUGCAGAGUAGAUGUCUCAUAUUUGAGCUGUCGGGUUUGCAGGCUGCUCGGUUUAACAGUUUAACAUGAUGUCCAGCCUGGAGGCUGCUAACUAAUGCGCAGUACUGACUCUGCUUCAUGAGCACAAACCAGCAGGAUCUGCUUUUUAUUGGCUUGUUUCACUAAUAUCCAGCUCCUCUCUGCAGCUCCGUUAUCUGCUGCUGACUGCAUGGUUGAAGCUGGUGGUGUUGGAGCCAGAUUAUGGGAGCAGGAAACGUGUUGAACUUGUUCUGGUAGUAGGUAGCUCCACCGGCCUUGCUGGCAUCUCACCAGAACCCCACAGGGAUGGACACUAAACCGAGCAGCCACGACCACAACUGAGACAGUCGGAUAUCUCGGGAUAAGUUCCGACAGCUGACACACGUGUACACAGUGCACGGUGCCUCAUUGCAUUAGAGUGGGCGGCAUACAGGUUGUUUUGCAGGUUAACUAGAUCCAGUUAGUCACUACCGCGGAGACCAGUUAGCUUGCCUCCAGUGCACAGCUAGCUCCGGUCUCGCCCCACAUCACACCUCAUCACGGCGUACAGAACCUACUCAGAGCCCGCUCCCGGCCAGACGCACCGGCUCAACAACACCGUCAUGGGAGUGCAGGGUUUCCAGGAGUAUCUAGAGAAGCGGUGCCCCGGGGCCGCCGUCCCGGUGGACCUCCUGAAGCUCGCCCGGACCGCGGCCCGCCAGCCCCCUCACCACCACCACCCACACCACCCACACCACCACCCUCAUCACCCCGGGCCCAUGCCUCCCCCGCCCCCGCCGGCCAGGAUCCUCAUCGACGCGGACUCCGGCCUGCAGCGCCUGUACGGCGGCUACCAGACGGACUGGGUGUGCGGGGGCGAGUGGAACGCCAUGCUGGGCUACCUGGCCGCCCUGUCCCAGGCCUGCCUGUACCAGGGCGGCCUGGAGCUGGUCGUGGUUUUCAACGGGACCCUGGGGAAGGAGCGCUGGCCCGAGUGGGCGCGGCGGGCCCAGGGCCAGAGACAGACGGCCCAGCUGAUCGUGAACCACGUCGGCAGCAAGGCCACCCCGCCUCCCCGGGCAUGGUUCCUGCCUCCGGCCUGCCUCAGCCACUGCGUCCGCCUCGCCAUGUUCCGCUUCAGAGUGCGGGUUGUCCAGACUCUGGAGGACCAUCACCAGGAAGUGCUGUCUCUCUACAGGGACUUUGGAUUCGCUGGCCUGAUCGCUCAGGAUUCUGAGUUCGCCCUCUGCAAUGUACCCGCCUACUUCUCGUCGCACGCCCUCAAACUGAGCUGGAACGGCAAGAACCUGACCACGCACCAGUACCUGCUGUCUGAGGCCGCCAGGCAGCUAGGGCUGAAGACACAACACCUGCCCUGCUUUGCUGCUCUGCUGGGAAAUCAUAUUCUGCCUGAUGAGGACCUGGCUGCCUUCCACUGGAGUCUGCUGGGACCAGAACACCCACUAGCUUCUCUCAAGGUGCGAGCCCAUCAGCUGGUGCUGCCGCCCUGCGAGGUGGUGAUCAAGGCCGUCUCCGAGUACGUCUCCUCCAUCAAAGACCUGGGAAACCUUGACGCCAUCGCCAGAGAUGUCUUCAAACAGUCACAGUCUCGUAUGGAGGACAAAGUGGAGCGAUUCAAGAAAGCUGUGGAGUAUUUUUCAGCUGCCUCCAAACCUCGCUCGCCCAACAUGGGGCCCUCCUCCUUCAUCUUACCUGGGUUUGGAUUCGGGGGACCACCUGGACACAUGGGACCGAUGCAGCCUGGAAAGAAUCAGUUCCCUCCUCCCCAGGUUCCAGGGUUAAAGCCACCCUAUCAGAAUGCUCCAUACGGACCCGGCUCCACCCCUCUGUUCCAGAACCCGCCGCCGUCCCAAGACUGCAACGAUUCGCUGACGGGCAAGAUGGGCUUCACUGAUUGGUCGGCUCCAUAUGAUUCCACUCAGGGGGGGAACAGAUUACCCAAUCAUCACACCGCCGCUCAGUCUGUCCCCUCUCCGUCUCCCUCAUCGUCAUCAGAUGGAGACGAACCCAACGACAGCAACGCCAACCAUCUGACGGACAAGCCCUCUCGGUGGGAGGAUCCUGCUGGAAGGGGGGGCUCGGCCUCUGGAAACGGUUCCCAAGGCAACGGGAGCGCGUCACACAUUCCGUCACUGCUGUCUAUGGCGACGCGGAGUCACAUGGACAUCACCACGCCCCCUUUGCCUCAGGUCAGUGCUGAGGUUCUCCGUGUAGCCGAGCACAGACACCGACGAGGACUGAUGUACCCCCAGAUCUACCACAUAUUGACCAAGGGAGAGAUGAAGAUGCCGGUGUGUAUAGAGGAUGAGUGUAACUCUGAGCUGCCUCCUGCCUCGCUGCUGUUCCGUGCUGCCAGACAGUACGCCUACGGCGUCCUCUUCAGUCUGGCUGAAACACACCGCCGCCUGGAGAGGCUCGCUCUCCGCAAGAGGGCUCCCCUGGAAGUUCCUCCAGUGAUUGUCAAAGAGUGGAGCAGCGGUAAAGCCAAGUCGGCCCUGACUCCGGAGCUGGUCCCGGCCCUGUGUUUCCGGGAGUGGACCUGCCCCAACCUGCGGCGCCUGUGGUUGGGUCGAGCCAGCGAGGACCGCUCCAGGAGAACCAGGGCCUUCCUGGCCUGCCUACGCUCCGACUGCCCAGCCCUCCUCAACCCAGCACAGGUCCCCCAGCAUCUGCUGCUCAUGUGCUGCGUGCUCAGGUAUAUGAUGCAGUGGCCUGGAGGGAGGAUACUCCAGAGACAUGAGCUGGAUGCCUUCCUGGCUCAGGCUGUUUCCAGUCAGCUCUACGAACCUGAUCAGCUACAGGAGCUCAAGGUGGAGAAGGUGGACGCCCGCGGCGUGCAGCUGGCUUCUCUUUUCAUGGCCGGCGUCGACACGGCGCUGUUCAUCAACGAUGUGUGCGGCCAGCCGUUGCCGUGGGAACACUGCUGCCCCUGGGGCUUCUUCGACGGCAAACUGUUUCAGAGCAAACUGGCCCGGGCCGCUCGAGACCGGGCCGCCCUGCUGGACAUGUGCGAGGGACAGGAGGAGCUGGUGUCGAAGGUGGAGAAGAUGCGUCAGGCCAUCCUGGAGGGAAUCAACCUGUCCCGCCCUCCUCCUCCUCCUCCUCCUCUUCCUCCUCCAGCCUUCCUCCCCCCAGCCAUGGUGCCCCCUUUCUACCCGAUGCCUCCCCUAUACCCCCCCCGCCCCAUGGGCAUGCCUCAUCAUCAUCACCCUCAUCAUCCUCAUCACCCGGCCCAGCACAGACCCAGAGCCUUCCCAGGCCUUCAGUCCAUCCCCCCCCAGGGAGGGAAGCUGGAGAUCGCUGGUAUGGUGGUCGGCCAGUGGGCCGGGAACAAACCGGUCCGUGGGAGGGGGGGGUUCAACAUGCAAGUGGUGUCAGUGGGAGCAGGGAGAGGGAGGGGUAAAGAGAUCCCAGCCAAGAUACGAAGCGUGAAAAAGGUUCCGACCAACAGAACACAGACGUCGCCGCCGCCGCCAUCCAGCAGUCCCCCGAAGCCGUCAGAGGAGGCGGUCUCCACGCCAGAUGUCGCCACCCAGCAGCUGAACGGCAGCUCAGCGGCCUCCGCCAUCGGCCAGCCCUUGGAGCUGGCCCCCCUGGCCCAGCCAAUCCCGUGUGCCUUAGCCAGCAGAGACAACCAAUCAGAGGGGGUGGAGGUGGAGGCCCCCUGUUGCCUUGACGACUGCCCGUCAGACGGAGCGCUACAGAAAGAGGAGUGAUGGCGUCCUUUCCCAGGAUGCACUGCUCUGAGAGAGUUCUGUGUUUGACUGCCUUUCCCUGUUUUUGUAGCCCUGCCCGCUAGCUGUGCACGUUAUGACGUGGAGCAGGAGGCGGCGGCGGCGAGGCUCCUCCUCGCGCUUCCUGCUGCUCCGCGUCAUAAAGCAGCGAGCUCUUUACUUCCUGUUUAGUUUUCUCAUGUGGUUUUAUGUUGUUUAAUGAAGAGAGGUUUUCUCCAUGAGUCUGUAAGCGCCCCCCCCCCCCCACACUCAAAAUCCUAAACGCCCCCCCGCCCCGCACUCAGAGUAAAAUAAGCUUGAAGCCCCGCCCCCAUUACGCCCCGCCACUUAACGCCCCCCCCCUUCAGUAUGGGCAUCUGUACAGUUAAAAUGUCUCUUAGUGUUUUAAUGGUCCUCUGCACACACACACGCGGGAAGCUCUCCGCUACGGUGACACAUUGGAUGUGGUCGCCAUGGUUUCCAUGGUUUCCAUGGCAGGCCUGGUUGGUAGUUGUGUGUUGAUGCGGCCGUCGCCGUGUCGUGAGGUUUGAGGUUUGAGGUUUGAGACAGAGUUUGACUCUUUAAUAAUAAUGUAACAGUGAUGUACCCCCCCCCCUCCUCACUUAUACUAGUUCUACUAGCACCGAAGCCCUUGAUUGAUUGAUUGAUUGAUUGGUUAUGUAAUCACAGGAGCACUUGUCCCCCCGCCCCCCGUGGUAUUAGUGGUAUUAGCGUGCUGUCUGACUCUGACCCAUGUAGCAUAGCCUAGCGAUCAGCUGUGCUAAGACACCCCAUGAAUUUAUGCACCUUAAGCCCUAAAGUAUGCAAGAUGCCCCUCCCCCCCCCCCGCUCCUCCAAAAAGAAACAGUGCAUUAUUAUAUGAGCCCCCCCCUCCCCCGUCCCAAAGCUUUGAUUGUAUUAUUAGCCCAACAGAAGCACUUAUUGUUGUAUUUAAGAUGAUGAAUUGGAACACGCCCCCCCGUAUAUCUGUAUAUCCGGUUGAACGGCGUCCCCCGUAUAUCCGGUUGAACGGCGCCCCCCGUAUAUCUGUAUAUCCGGGUGAACGGCGUCCCCCGAUGAUGACAUGUGGAGCUACAUGUGACGGUAGAGAUCUAUUAGAGACGGCAGAAUGUGAACAGAGUGGUUUCAGACAAAGAAGCACUUUGUUUUAAAAAUGUUGAACCACACUGGAACCACAGUCUUCUGCUACCAGGUGAAACAGAGAUAAACUGUGAGGCACCUUCUGGAGUUCAGGCCAAAAAGAAAAGAUGGAGCCGAGCGCUGAGCAUCGGGGGAGCUGCUGCCAGGCAGAGCUCCUCCGACCGGCGUCCGACCGGCGUUCACCGACUUUACAACCACGUUGAAGGAACUCCUGAUUCUCAAGGAAGUCUUUUCACGUUUAUUUCCAAAGUGUAUUUUUAAAAAGCGGCGAGCCGACUGAGGCCGCCAGCGAUGAUAAAGGGGCGUGGCGACUAAAGCCUCAAAGAUUCCCCCCCCCCCCAUUCACCACCCUCUGGUGGUGAAAGAGUAACGGUUGUCAUGACGAUAGCCCAGCACCACGAGCUCUGGUGUGUCACUUUAGACCAACAGGAAGCACUUAAACGCCCUGAAGCAGCCCGGCCCGACGCGGCGGAGGCUUUUCACGGGUCGCAUCACAUGACAGGAGAGAGGGAGGCCUCGUGACGGACCCGAGUGUGCCGCUCACAAUCUGAGACUUACCAUAACGAAUCGUUUUAUUAGAGCACUUGUGUUUGUAGAGAAUGAGAUGUGUUCCCUCCCCCCACUCCCCCUUAGUAGCUUUCAUCUGACUACGGAACCACAGCGAACCGACCGGCGGUAGCACGAGCGCAGUGCGUCGGCUCCUGCUGAGCGACGCCGGCCAGUGAAACACGAUGAUGAUAAUCUCUAUGAACUGACUGAGAGAGACUGAACGAGCUCACCGUGUUAAACAAACUAAAGACAAGUCAACACAGCAGCACCUUAUUUUCUUACUAUGUUGAUGACUCGUGCUCCUCCGCGGCGUGCCACCGACUGACACGGAAACAAACGCCGUUUUUGAAGGAAACAACCCGACUUGUAUCUGUAAGUGUUGAUGUAGUCGCGUCAGACAUCCCCGUCAGUUCUGAAUCAACCAUGACAGUUGACCCAGCCGUGAGCGUAGGCCUACGCUCAUCAUCACAGGCCCGUGCUGCGCCGCCACGCCGCGCCGCCGCGCCGCCGUCUCCAACACCGACACCAAAUGAAAUGAGAGGUUUCCGUUGUUGGUAGGGACGAAGCGUUGGAGUGCUGCAGGUGUUUCUAGGUUACGAGUAGCGUCGGGCUGAACACAGGACUGUCAUACAGACACCAAGACUAGAGGCUAGAGAAUAUAGAACUCCACUGGCCGAAAUACUACGUCUAGAAUACGUAAUACUACUACUACUACUAGGAGUCAUUUACUCUUUAUAAAUACUACUGCGUUACACCGUCGACAUUAGUACACACACGUGUAUCGCACCAGUACGUCGUUAUAGAAGAAGGCUUUACCGCGGCGAGCCAGAGCGUGAUCUGGUAUAUGAUGCCCUCUCUCGAUUCGCUCGCCAGAUACAAACACACUAACACACACACACACACAUAAACACACACACACACACAUGAGAACCAGAUGUUCAGUUGCUAGGUUACCAGCAGCGUUCUCUCUGCUUUCGUGCUGAAGUGAUUUUGUGCAGUUUCAGUUCCAGUGGUGGUCGUCAGUUCACCAGGUCAGUCUGGUAACACGUCCUACUGACGCACGCGCACACACACACACACACACACACAUAGAUGUUAAACCCUUACAGAGUUACACAGUAGAUAGAACAGAAAACAGUCAACUCGAUACAUGAUGUAGUGUCCCUCUCUCGUCCUCGUCUGUUUUAGUUCGAUAGAUAUUUGAUCAGUGAUUUUAUGCUUGUUAUCCUACACCCCCUCACCCCGCUAUAACCCCCCCUCCUCCCCAGAAAUGUCCAUUGACGUCUUCUCUUAUUCUCCCUCAUAGCGUACAUGCAUCACACACUCACACACUCACACCUUCUACACACACACACACACACACCAUCCUCCCGUCACUUCCUGUUUCAGUUCUUCUCCUCCGCUGUCGUCACCUCCCGCUCUGCCUCUCCUUUUAGCCCUUUAGGACCGUUUCUAUUGGCCGUUUCUCUCUCUCUCUCUCUUUGGGCUGCCCCGCCCACCUUAAUCAACCCGACUAACAGUAAAGGUUAUAUUAACGUUGAUAAUCAGUUUCUGUAUGUAUCUAGCCAGAGUCUGGAAAAAAAAAAUCUGAAAAAAAAACGGUUUUAUUCAAUUGUGCAAAUGUGUUUUUUCUUACUAUUUUUAAUGUUAUUACAUCUUUAAUCUAAUCCUUCUACCAUCGCUUCAGUUAGUACUGAAUACGCUUAGCCAACCUAGACAUCUGAACUGUAAUGAUCGAGAUUUUCCUUACCUGUAUUUUAUAUGGCAUCUUUAGACCACCGUUUAUUAUGUACGUAAGUAAAUAUUGCCCGUUUUUUUUAAAUGAAAAUUGUCGCCUGCACUAUGUUAUGAUUCUCAUAAUAUCCCCGAUAACAACCUGGUGGUUGACUCAUCAGUCUAAGCUGAACUCUGCGCCGUGCACGAAGCAGCCAAACGUCUCUAGUAAACACCUGAGAACCAAAGUACACCCAACAUCCCCCAUAAAGCCCCCAUAAUGCCCCGAUAAAGCCCCUAUAAAGCCUCCAUAGACAUGGACAGUCUGCCCCUAUAAAGCCCCUCUAAAGCCCCUAUAAAGCCCCUAUAGAGCCUCCAGAGACAUGGACAGUCUGUCCCUAUAAAGCCUCCAUAGACAUGGACAGUCUGUCCCUAUAAAGCCUCCACAGACAUGGACAGUCUGCCCCUAUAAAGCCUCCAGAGACAUGGACAGUCUGUCCCUAUAAAGCCUCCAUAGACAUGGACAGUCUGCCCCUAUAAAGCCUCCAGAGACAUGGACAGUCUGUCCCUAUAAAGCCUCCAUAGACAUGGACAGUCUGCCCCUAUAAAGCCCCUAUAAAGCCUCCAUAGACAUGGAUAGUCUGUCCCUAUAAAGCCUCCAUAGACAUGGACAGACUGCCCCUAUAAAACCCCUAUAAAGCCUCCAUAGACAUGGACAGUCUGCCCCUAUAAAGCCUCCAUAGACAUGGACAGUCUGUCCCUAUAAAGCCUCCAUAGACAUGGACAGUCUGUCCCUAUAAAGCCUCCGUAGACAUGGACAGUCUGCCCCUAUAAAGCCUCCAUAGACAUGGACAGUCUGUCUCUAUAAAGCCUCCAUAGACAUGGACAGUCUGUCCCUAUAAAGCCUCCAUAGACAUGGACAGUCUGCCCCUAUAAAGCCUCCAUAGACAUGGACAGUCUGCCCCCCCCCCCAGUAGUGAUGAUUAUAUUUAUAUAUACAGUAUAUAUAAAUAUAUAUAAUGACAUUACAGCACGUGUGAUUCAUCUGACAGUCAAUGUGAGGUCGUGUUUUUACGUGGAGACGCAGACAGACGGGGAAAGACAUCGAGCGAGCGAGUCUUUAGGCAUUGUGGGUAAAUUCACCAGCUCCUGCUGCUCGCUCUGUAACUUCUUUCAUUGACUGAAUUCAGACUGUGAGCGCCGCUGCACACGCUUAGAUUGCUCAGAUCGACACCCGACGGAGACGCUUUCAGUCCCGCUGGGUUUUGGCGCCCUCUUUUGCGUUUUUCUUGCAUGCACUCAUUGUGCUCUCUGAACGUUCCCAGACUCAGAUUACUGAUUACUGAGUCUCUCCAUCGCAGGAGGACGUAGACGCUGCUGAGAGACGCUGAAUUCUCCUCUAAACACGACUCUGAGAGAUCAACCCGCCUCCCGACACAACAUCACAUCAUCUGCAUGUACGCUGAUGAAAGUUAUUUAAAAAAAGACUCCAGAGCUGAAACAAUCAGUCGAUAAAUAAACAAAAUAAUAACAUAAAAUAAAAAAUAGAUUAGAAUGAACUGAUAAAUCUGCAAGCUUCAACUUCCAGCUUUGCUUUUAUAUCUGCAACGACUAGAAAAUAAAUCAUCCACAAUCUCGAUAACCAAUUUCGUGUCUUGUAUAACCUGUAUGUAUAUGUAUGUAUAUACAUAUAUAUGUAUAUAUCUAUAUAUAUAUACAUAUAUAUAUAUAUAUAUAUAUAUAUGCAUAUAUAUAUAUAUAUAUGCAUAUAUAUAAUGUUUAGUUUCUUGUCCGGUGUGAGUCUCAGCCGGAGCGUAGCGAGGAGAACUCAGCGUCUCCGAUGAUGAUGAUGAAAUGAUGAAGAGUUGUCCAGCAGAUAAAAAGCGUCCCGUCUCGCCGCUCAGCGCCUCUGAAGAGCUCGAUGACGUUAAAGAGAACCAAAAGUCCCAGAAUAGAGAUGUACCAUGUUGUAUAUUGUAGAAGUCCAACAGUAUUAUGGUCUGUCGUCCAGUCGUACAGGAUGUGGAGACGAGUCAUCCGUUGUUCUUCCUCGUCCUCACAGCGUUUUGUCCAGUUUGAAUAAAGGUCCCUAUUCUGUCUGUCUCUCUCUACACUGCCACCCCCCGCCUCCCCCCCCAGGCUCCAGUAUAACCCCCUCCCAGCUCCAGUAUAACCCCCCCCCCCCCUCCAGUUGAUCAUUAUGGGAUGUUUCUGGUCCCGCUGGUGAAUCAGCCACAAGAGUCCCGAUGCAUGUCCUUCAGUACCAGGGCCGCCUGAAACUACCUGUGCAGCGAAAAGGGUUAAAAUUUAUCCAUAAUAUUAUUGUUAUAGAAAUAUUAUCAUCAUCAUUAUUGCUGUUAUAAUUAUGGUUGGUAUAAUUUGUCAUCAUUGUUAGCAUUAUGGAAGCACCGGACUGUUUGUGGAAAGACGAGAAUAAAGAAAGCUUAUUAUUUUGUUGUUUUAUUAAUUAGUCUGACUGUUGGUGGUCUGAUGUCACAGAGGAGGAGGAGGAGGAGGAGGAGGAAGAGGAAGAGGAGGAGAGGAGGAACGGUUCAGAAAGAGACAAAGAUGGCAGUCAUGUUUGUACUGGUUGGGAAAUGACUUACAGUGCUGAAAUAAAAUUUAUUCUUUUAGUAAAAAAAGUA